GAGAACGUAAUCAAACAAAAUGAGCGCAUCGCAGUGUGAACAAGGUGACUAUAAAGCGAUUACUCUUUCCGAGAAUAUCCCGUCGGCAGUCAAAUUAAAUGAAGAACAACAUUUGGUUGAUCAACAGGAUAAAGGACGUUGGACCAAACAGCUAGCCUUUGUCGGCUAUGGCGCGACAAUGGGUUCAGCAAUACCAGCUGGUUACUGUGUGGGCGUGAUGAAUAGUCCUGCAGUGUUUAUGCGUGAAUGGUGUAAUCAAACGCUAAUAGAUCGUUAUGACUGGCACCUAAGUGAAACUGGCAUCAAUAUCUUAUGGUCAGCAAUUGUUUCGGUGUUUCUAAUUAGCGGCGCUAUUGGUUCACUGACUGGCGCUAAAGUGGCCAAUCGAUUCGGCAGACGGAGCAGCUAUCUAUAUUGUGGUUUCUUCUUCAUCACCUCAGCUAUACUGUUCUUCACAUGCCGCAUGAUGCGUUCAGUAGAAGCCCUCAUAAUUGCGCGGUUGUUAGCCGGUCUAGCGGCGGGUUUGUCAACGGCUUGUUUGCCCAUGUACUUGGCCGAAGUGGCGCCACUCUCAAUGCGUGGUGCAUUGGGCGUUUUUUGUCCGAUAGGUCUAACGGUUGGUGUUUUAGUAGCACAAAUCCUUAGUUUACGCACCGUUUUCGGUAAUGCGGACCAAUGGCAUAUUGCUCUUAGUCUUUAUAUUAUAAUAGUAUUGAUAUGUUAUGCUCCAAUGAAAUAUUAUCCGGAAAGUCCAAAAUGGUUAUACAUUAUGAAAGGUGAUAAGGAGGGCGCAAGACAACAACUAGAAAAGUUACGUGGAAAUGUUGACGCUAAUGUUAUAAAGAGAGAAAUGCUUGCGAUGGAGGUGGAAGCGAAUGUGGAGAGUCAAGCUAGCAGUUAUGGUGAUGUGUUGAAGGAUCCUAAGCUACGCUUGCCGCUGAUACUGGUCUGUGCUUUUCAAGGCGGUCAACAAUUAUCCGGUAUUAACGCGAUUUUCUACUACUCAGUGUCAAUUUUCCUCAGAGCUGGUUUAUCCCCAACAGCUGCCGAAAUGGCCAACUUAGGUGCUGGUAGCGUGAAUUUAAUUAUAUCGUUAUUGGGACCAUAUUUAAUGAGCAGAUUUAAUCGACGUCCACUACUUCUCUUCUCAACAUUUUUCUCGGGAGUCUCGCUGAUGUCAUUUGCAGUGAUGCUAUAUUUCAUCGAUUAUGUGUCUUGGUUUGCAAUGGGUUGUGUUUCUUGCAUUUUCCUAUACAUCUUCUUUUUCCAACUUGGUUUGGCCCCCAUACCGUUUUUCAUUGGAUCCGAGCUCUUUGAGGUGGCACCCCGCCCAGCCGCUAUGUCACUCGGCAGUGUUUCCUCUUGGGUGUGUAACUUUACAGUAGGUAUGCUCUUUCCCACACUACAAGAAGCCUGGGGUUCUCUGGUAUUCGUACCUUUUUCCAUCGAUUGCGCGUUGCUUUUUAUGCUAACCAAACGCUAUCUGCCGGAAACAAAGGGAAGGGACCCCGCCCAGGUGGGACCAUUAAUGGCGAAUGGCUUUAAAUCGAAUAUACAUGAAGUGAAAUAGUUUUAAAUCCUACUUAUGUAAUAAUAUACGAUACCACCUCAUG